AUGCUUACUUUUAAAACUGUAGGAUAUAAUGGAUACGCGGUUCAAUUCAGCCCGUUCGUUGAGCAUAAACUGGCAUGCGCAUCAGCUGCAAACUUUGGACUAGUUGGAAACGGUCGACUGUUUAUUCUGAAUCUGGAUACAACGCCGAAUGGAAUGAGCAUGGAACGAAUGUUCGAUACUCAAGAUGGGCUGUUUGAUUGCUCAUGGAGCGAGAUUAAUGAGAAUCAGAUUGUGACAGCAAGCGGUGAUGGAUCUGUCAAGUUAUGGGAUAUAACACUUGCGGAAUUUCCGAUACGGAACUGGAAAGAGCAUCAAAGAGAAGUGUUUUCUGUACAUUGGAAUUACAUCAAGAAGGAUACUAUUGUUAGUGGGUCGUGGGAUCAGACAAUCAAAUUGUGGCAUCCGGAGCAUCUCCAAUCUCUCUCAACGUUCACGGGCCACACGGCCUGUAUUUAUAGCACACUCUGGUCACCAUAUAAUGCCGAUUUAUUCGGGUCAGUAUCAGGAGAUCGCACAUUUCGUCUUUGGGACAUUAAAACCCCCAGACCCGUUACCGUCAUUCCUGCUCAUCAGGACGAAAUCUUGUCGUUCGACUGGAAUAAAUACCGUAACCAAACCAUCGUAACAGGCUCUGUCGACACUACUCUUCGCAUUUGGGAUCUCAGAUUUCCCGACCGCGAAGUGAAGACGUUGCAAGGGCACCAGUAUGCAGUAAGGAGAGUGAAAUAUUCACCCCAUUCUGGUGAUAUUAUUGCUUCUGCUUCAUAUGAUAUGACGAUGAGAGUAUGGAAUACCGCGGCGAUGAACCCAUUGUUGAUGUUGCAUAAUUUACACACUGAAUUUGUAUUAGGAAUAGAUUUUAAUUUGUAUGUAGAAGGACAGAUCGUUACAUGUGCUUGGGAUGAAAUGGUACAUGUAAUUCAACUAGCUUGA